CCGCUCUGUCCGCGUGCUGCUGUGAGUUCAGUCAGUGAGAGAAGGCUCGCGACCAGUUCAACUCCACUGCGCUCCAACGGUUAUCAGUUUACCGUUAACUAACCUACUAACUAACCAGCUUUUUGGGAUUUUAACGAAACCGCUUGUGGACCUAACGGCUGACGGUGUCUUUAAUCAGGUCAAUUGGCAGUAAAACAGCCCUAUGAUGGAGGAACUUCAUGAUGUCCAGCUGACUGAGAUCAAACCACUGCUGACAGGACAGAAUGGGGGAAAUCUCCAGGACUUUGAUUGUCAGGAGCAUGAUGUGGAGACAACCCACGGUGUGCUUCACGUUACCAUGAGGGGAGUUGCUAAGGGCAACCGACCCACAAUCCUCACCUACCAUGACAUCGGACUCAACCAUAAGUCUUGUUUCAACAGCCUCUUUAACUAUGAGGACAUGCAGGAAGUGACACAGCAUUUCUCAGUUGUGCAUGUUGAUGCUCCAGGACAGCAGGAGAAUGCUCCCGUAUUCCCAGCCGGGUACCAGUAUCCUACCAUGGACCAACUGGCUGAGAUUCUACCAUCCGUCCUGACACAGCUUCAGGUGAAGAGUGUGAUUGGUAUCGGUGUUGGAGCUGGAGCCUACAUCCUCACCAAACUUGCUCUGAAUGAGCCCAGCUUGGUGGAGGGUUUGGUUCUGAUCAACAUUGACCCCUGUGCUAAGGGCUGGAUGGACUGGGCUGCCUCUAAGCUGAGCGGUUGGACAAGCAACCUGGUGGACACCAUCAUGGGACACCAUUUCAGCACUGAUGAGUUAACAGAGAAUAAGGAGAUCGUCCAGACAUACAGACUCCACAUCUCUCAGGAUAUACCGCUGGAUAACCUGGCCAUGUUCUUCAACAGCUAUGACAGUCGUACUGAGUUGCAGAUGGAGCGGCCGGUCCCUGGUUUGAAUGAAACCAUAGCCACCACACCCAGGUGUCCUGCUCUGCUGGUGGUCGGAGACACGUCACCUGCCGUCGAUGCAGUGGUGGAGUGUAACUCCAGAAUGAAUCCCACCAAGACAUCCCUGCUCAAGAUGGCAGACUGUGGAGGACUUCCUCAGGUGGUUCAGCCUGGAAAGCUUGCGGAGGCCUUCAAGUACUUUGUCCAGGGGAUGGGCUACAUCCCUCAUGUUGUAAUAAACCACCUGAGCAGUCAAUCAGUGCCCACUGCUGGUAUGACCCGGCUGGUUCGCUCCAGGACUCACUCUGCUUCCAGUGUGGGCUCCACAGAUGGCGUCCGGAGCUGCAGCACUGCCGGGGCACUGCCAGAGGGCGCUAACUGCACCAGCCCCGGACAGACAGCAGUACACAUCGAAAUGACCGCAUAGGACUGUUUCCCUGUUCUGCUUCCUCCUUCUUUACUCCGUCAUUAUUCUUCUUUUCCUCCCCUCCCUCAGUUGCAGUCGGACCUUUUCUUCGCCUUGGAUGCAGUUCUGCUGUUUUAGUUCUUCCUAAAGAACUGAGAAGCAUCACAUCCCACCUCCCAUAACGUAGAGAUGAAGGUUGUCAGAUAUGUCCUCCUAAGAAUCUUCCCUGUGAGUUUGACCAGUGUCAUAGACGUUUUGGUGUGAGCAGCAGCCAUGUUGGCUCUGUUAUCCUGUUCUCCCUCCUCCCUGGAGCCAUGCGAUUGCCAUGGUGACGCUGUAGAUGUACAUGAAGUUCAGUCAGUCCUUAUUUAUACAGUUGUGUCGUAUUUCUACAGAUGUAGUUUUCUCAGGUCACACAAAAUCUUCACCCUCCUCUUCCUUUUACUGUGGUCCUGAUCCCUUAUUUUUAUCUUAUUGUAAUCAUAAUUAUUUUGCCAUGAUUGGUGUUGGUGGUACUGUUUGUUGAUAUGAAGCUCGUUUCUCAAGUGAUGAACCUUUUUCCUACCUGUAAAAUUAAAUUUAAGGGAGUAUUUCACCAAUAA